AUGGCCCAAUUAUUGCUAGACGUGCUGCAGAAGACUAUUUCUCAAAAUCAGGAAGAUCAGAAGAGAGCGCUAGAGUUUUUGAAUGACGCGUCAACGCGAGAUUUUCCCGCCUUUGUGAAAGAGCUGAGCGUUAUCCUUCGGUCGGAAAACUGCCAACCAUUUGCUCGCCAGGCAGCUGGUUUGCAGUUGAAGAAUGUGCUGUACGCGAAGGAAGAAGAAACUCGAGCGCAAUACCUUAACAGGUGGCUUGCUCUACCAGCCGAUAUUCGUACUCAUGUCAAACUGCUCGUCGUUCAAACUCUUGGCACUGAGCCUUUCCGGCCUUCGAUUGCAGCUCAGUGUGUGGCUGCAAUAGCUUGCGCAGAGCUUCCGUCCGGUCUCUGGCCAGAUGUUAUCGACGCCUUACGUACUAGCGUGACGAAUCCUGGAAGUACAGCAUCCCUGAAGGAAUCGUCUCUCGAAACUUUGGGUUACAUCUGUCAAGACAUUGACGCUGCAGUACUUGAGCAACAAUCUAACUCGAUUCUGACGGCAAUAGUUCACGGUAUGCGGAAAGAGGAGCCAUCGUUCCAUGUUCGCCUGGCUGCCACAAAUGCUUUGCUGAAUUCCUUAGAGUUCACUAAGAAGAACUUUGGUAUGGAGGCAGAGAGGCAUAUAAUUAUGCAAGUUGUCUGUGAAGCUACGCAGUGCACUGACACACAUGUAAAAGUCGCCGCUCUGCAGUGCCUGGUUCGGAUAAUGUCGCUGUACUAUCAGUUUAUGGAGCAAUAUAUGGGAUCCGGCCCUGUUCGCUAUGAAAAUGACGACGAUGAUGAUUGGACCCCAUCGAAAGCGGCUGGAUUUGAUUAUUUAAUCGGCCAGUGUAACCAGCUUAUGGACCUGCAGUCGCUGCUGUGUGCUACACUACAAUCAGUGCUGCGUAAAAUGCGUCCCGAAGAUGCAGCUUUGGUUGGGGAACAUGUUAUGAAUGGUCUUGUACAGAUCAUGAACCGAACCUCUAACAACAAGGGUGGUGGAAGUGUGAUGGAAGAGGCGCUCCUAGCGGUUUCUGUCCUGGCAGAGACGCUAAACAAUGGCUUUAUUGCUUACAUUGAUGCACUUAAACCCCAUCUCAUGAGAGCGCUGGCAAAUCAUGAAGAACCACAGGUGUGUGCUGCUGCAGUGGGAUUGGUGACUGAUAUAAGCCGAGCCAUUGAAGUGAAUAUUGCACCAGCUCUCGACGAUAUCAUGAAUACACUCGUUCAAAGUCUGCAGAGCCCACGGCUUGACAAGGAUGUGAAAGUGACAAUUCUUGGAUGUUUUGGCGAUAUUGCUCUCGCAAUUGGAAUCCAUUUCGAGCGGUAUAUACAGAUUGUGAUGGCUAUGCUCGCAGAGGCUUCGUCAGCAGCCAUUGUCACAAAUCCGCAAGACUACGAUCAAGUUGACUAUGUGGACAAGCUGCGAGAGAACUGCAUCAUGGCAUACACGGGUAUCCUGCAAGGAAUGCGACCAGUCGGUUCGGACACUGACCCGGAAAAGAAAAACCAAGCAAAGGUAUCAUUGAGCCGUUUCGUCCCGGCCAUGGUCAAGAUGAUUGCCAUUUGCUGUGAAACCGUACCAGUGUCUCCGUCAGAUGGUCUUGUUGCUUCGGUGGCUGGUUUAAUUGGUGAUCUCGUUGUAUUGUACGGUACUCAAAUCACUCCUGAGCUUUCAAACGACAAGGUGAGGUGGUGUUUGAUUGAAAACUCAAGCUUCUCGCUUAGGCUUGGGGAGCGCUUCGGCAUUGUACGGCGCGAGCGGUUUGCAUCGUAUUUAACCCGUUUUAUUUUUCUGUAUCGGGUGAAAGCCCUUCUUGAUCGAGGACGAAAAAGUCGCACAUCAAAGACGAAAUCGGUUGCGAUAUGGGCAAGAAAGGAGAUGCAGAAGGCGAUGAACGCGGUUACACCAGCGCCAUGA